GAGUUUUUUUUGUUGUAAGCAGUCAGUGUAGUGGUUUUGUGAAAAAGUAGAGAAUUUUCAAUUUUUGCAACAUUUUCAAGUGCAAAUAUUAUGUUUUACAGAUUUUAACAAUUACCAUUUUAAAAACGUUUAUAAUUUAUUUGAUAUUAUUUAAAAAUACCUUCAUUUGAGGUGUUUUAUUUAGUGAAUUUUAAUGAAGCCAUCUUCUAAAUCAAGAACUACUGCUGCUGCAUCAUCUGCUGUCGCUAACAUUACAACUUCUGCUGCUGGCGCUGCUACAACAUCAUCAAGUGGUGAUUGUGAAACUGUUUCCAGGAGAUAUCAAGCUCAAGUUUUAGGUAUUACUAUAUUUGGUGUUGUUGGCUUUGUGGUUUUCAUCAAAUACGUUGUGACGAAAUAUUUUGCUGAAUUGGAAGCCAGCCAGUUGCAGCAGCACUCGGAGUUUUAACGAAAUUUCAUAACACGACGAACAUUUUCUUUGCUGCUAAUAAAAACCGGAAAUGGCCAGUCCAAGGACAAGGCGUGUACUGCAAGAGCUUAAGCCACAAGAUGAAAAUUCGAAAUGUUUUGAAUGUGGCACCCAUAAUCCACAAUGGGUUUCUGUAACAUAUGGCAUAUGGAUUUGCUUGGAAUGUUCGGGCAAACAUAGAGGCCUGGGUGUCCAUCUCUCAUUCGUACGUUCCGUAACAAUGGACAAGUGGAAAGACAUUGAAUUGGAAAAAAUGAAAGUGGGUGGUAACCGUAAUGCCCGUGAGUUUUUUGAAGACCAAGAUGAUUGGAACGAUCGUGCUCCCAUCACUCAAAAGUACAACUCAAAAGCUGCUGCUUUAUAUCGCGACAAGAUAUCCACUUUAGCCCAGGGCAAACCAUGGGAUAUAACUGAAGCAAAGAAGCGCUUAGGUUCGUCGGCAUCAACAACAUCAUAUGGUAGUUCAAGUGGUAGUUAUGCUACGUCUACCAACAACUCAUCAAUGGCACAUUCCAGGAACAGUGGAAACUACCAGCAGAGUUCUGGCGGUGGCUACCAAAAUGGUGGCAGUGGUUCUAAUAAUGACCUUGGUUAUCAACAAUUCCAAACGCAAGAGUUCAAAGAUCAAAAAGAGGAAUUCUUCUCACGCAUUCAAUCUGAAAAUGCCUCAAGACCUGAUCAUUUACCGCCUAGCCAAGGAGGUAAAUAUAGUGGCUUCGGUUAUUCUCGCGAUCCACCGCCAAAAACUCAAUCUCAAGAACUUAUUGAUACCACUUUAUCGUCUCUAGCCUCGGGAUGGAGUUUACUCUCAGCCGGAGCUUCGAAGUUUGCUGUUAUUGCAAAAGAAAAAGCUGUUAAUACAGCUAAUAUAGCUUCAUCAAAGGUAACUGACAUUGGUAAACGUGGAUGGAAUAAUUUAGCUGGCAGUAAUUUUACAUCACCUGGAGAACAAGGCGGUGGUGGUUAUGGCGAUUUUAAUCAAGAAAAUUCUUAUCAACGUUCACACUCUGUAAGUGGAAAUAUUGCAUCAGGCAUGGGAAAUCAAUCGAAUGCCAGUGACAACGAUUGGGGUUGGCAAGAUAGCCCACAAAAACAAAUGCCCACAUCUAAGUCGUACCACAAUCAAUUUAGCAGCAAUUCUAACAGCGGUGCUGGUAGCCGCAAUGCUGCUGCAACAUCAUCAUCUCUGAAUAACGAUGAUGACGAUUGGUCUGGUUUUGAUAGUUACCAAGACUCCACAACUUCGUAUCAAAAUUCAACACCAUUAACUUCGACAACAAAUGCAGCUGCAACAACUAAUAAAAAUUUGAAAUUGGCUUCUACUACACAAAAACUAAGUGAAGGUUUUGAUAGUUUAGACGUGAAAAGUGCUAAAAUUAAACCAGCAGCCAAUAAAACAGCCGAAGAUGAUGCUUGGAAUUUGCUUAUGAAUUGAAGAAUGAUUUAUUUCUUUUUGUAUUGAUUAAAAUUUAAAUUACCAUUGAUAUAUAUGUAUUUAUUAUAUGGAUUUUUAUUUUUGUCUAUAUAAUUCGCUGUUUUAUUAUUUUUCGUUUAUUUUCUGUUUAUUGUUUUAUUUACUUUAUAUUAGAUACUUUUCUUUAGAACUUUACUAGUAAAUUUGCAAAAACAAAGGAACAAGAAAAUAUUGGUUGAUUUAACAAAUAUAUGUGAAUUUCAAUUAUAUAAACGAAUGUAUGUAAUGAUAAUAAAUAUAAAGAAUGAAACAAUUAAAAUAAUAUUAAAAAGAAAAA